UACUGUCAGAUGUGUCAGUGUCAGAUGAAGUCAGGAUUUUUAAUUGUCAAAACAAAAUAUUAACAAUUGUUAAAUGUAAGAAUUAUAACGUAAAUAAGCCUGUAAGUAUAUUAUUAGCAGUAAACUUUUCUCCAUUAUAUUUUCACUUUUCUUAGGUUUCUUCAAAAUUCCAUGGUUGUCGCAAAUUUCGGAGUAAUAAGAAAGAAAUUCUAAAAUAUGAAGUCGUCAAGGAUGGAAAGAUUUCUGCCAAACGAGUGCUACAUUUGUAAAUCGAGGGACAAUUUAAAAAGAUGUGAAUGCAACAUGAUUUCUUAUUGUUCUGAGGAUCAUAGAUUACAACAUUUAUUAGUUCACGAAAGUUUUUGCAAAGUAAUUAAGGAAUUAUUAAAAGAGAAAAAAGUGUCACAUAUUUAUGAAGAGCUCAUAGAUAUAUAUGGGGACCCUUGGGGAACGAAAGAAAAUGAAAUUUAUCGAGAAAUAAAAAAGAAAUUGGAAAGAAAUUUGAGUCCAUUAGAAAAUUUUAUGUUUGAUCGUCCGCGAAACUGUUUCGUUUGUUCUAAUACACAAGAUGAAGAUUUAAUCAAUUGUCCCCAUUGUCCAGUGGCAAGUUUUUGUAAAAAGCAUCCUCGAGAUGAACUUCACAGUAAGAAUUGCAAAGUGAUGAAUCAAUAUUUAAAUAUUCUGAACACAGCAGAGGAAUUAAAUAUCGACUUGGAAUUUCUCUCUCCUACUUUUCCGUGUAUUACAGAAGAAAAAGUAAAUCAAACUGAUAUAGACGAACUUACACUUACAUAUCGAGUAGAAGACAUGAAUGAAACAUGUUUACAAUUGAGAUUAUUAAAAUUGGAACUCAUUAGCUUUAUGGACGUGGCUUCAAAAAUUAAUAACGCUUUUCAAAAAAUACACAACACAAUUUCAGAAGGAUUGUUAAUUCACAUCGAUGCCUUUUCCUAUGAACAUGCAAUUACAAAAAAGAAUUAUUGGGAAUUUCUCUUGCAUCUCAAUCCGCAGAUAAAAAUGUUAAAAAUUGUCAUCACUGCAACUAAAAAUUUGGGCAAUUUGGAGACGUUUCUUUGUCAAAAUUGUCAUUCAGAGGGAAAGAAUUUGAACCUAGAAAUCUUGUCAAAAUCUUACGACGAUUACAUGCUGGAUGAAAAUUAUCAAAAACCGGACAUUCUGUUUUAUGUUCAAAUUAAUGAUGAAUGUAAUUCCGAAAGAUUAAACAAGUGGAGCGAAUUUAAUUGUCCCAUCAUUUUGCGAUUUGAUUCAAAACUAAAUUUUUUUAAAGUACAUCAUUUUCUCUCCCUUUUAAAAGCAAAAUUUCGAUUUAUUUUCGCAGGAAAAAUAAAAGCAGCAUUCGGCAUAUUAUCCUCAAUUGAAAAUGAAGACUAUUUUAUAAUUUUGCAAUCAAUGGAAAACAAAGUACAUGAAAACUGUUGUGAUAAAAUUACAGCUACAAUAACUCAUCAAUGUGGUGAAAAUAGUAGUGCAAAUGGUAUAGAAGAUGCUUCAAAGGUUACUCCACCAGAUUUAAUAUACACUUCUGACAAUAACGAGAAUUCAAAAUUGGAAUCAAACGAAAAUCAAUCUACUUCUACUUCUUACACCGAUUCAAACAUGAUUGUAAUUGAAAAGGAAAAUAUAAAUACAAACGAAAGCGAAGAAGAGAAAACUUGCAAUAACGAAAAAAUGGAAGUUAAAGAAUCGAAUAAGGAAGAAAAAUCCGUAGAUCGUGUGGCACUUUCUCCAUCGUCAUCGAAACGUUCGUUUGCAUCUAUUUCCGAACCAGGAGAAGAGGAGGAAGGAGAGAAGAAUAAAAAAGCCAAAACUGAAAGUUGUAAAAACAUUUCAAAGUCUAUCGAUAAGGAAAAUUUUGAUCCAAAUGGCGAAGAAGGAAAAAAUACGAAAGAGAAUAAGAAGGAAAAGAAGAAUAUAGAAAAGAGAAAUGAAAAAGAAGACAAACAUAAAAAAUUUCUUGUCGACUCAGAAAGUUUCGAAAGCAAUGAGACGGUUUCGUACCUUAAAAACGAAAAUGAAGGUUUACGACAAACAUUAAAUUUGGCACUCAAAGAAACAACAAAACUAAAAACAAAAUUUGAUCAGGUUUGUUUUGAAUUAAACAAAAAGGAAAAGGUAAUAAAGAAUUUAUUACGCGUUAUCGUCAACUUUGAAGACACUGAUUCAAUGUGUGAAGAGAACAAAAUUUAAAUUCGUUACGGAAAAACUCGUCUAUUUUUUGUCUUUAAAAGAAAAUUUUUUAUUUUUAUUUUUUGAAUUUGAAAUUCAAAUGCUAAUUUCUUUUUUACUUUCUCUGCUUUUA